GACAAUGUUAAAUGUGUUAGCAGCUUUUCAAGUGGAAGUACUAUAGAUUCCUUGUUUCUUCAUUGCAUUUGCAUGGUGUUUUCUUCCUACUGAAGUAAGCUAGUUGCCUCUCAUUAGUAAAGCUACUUCAUUUGACUCUGUAAUUCUCAGAAGGAUCAGUGGAUAUGAUGAUGGAAGGUGAAGGUAGUAGUAGCAGCAAGAAGAGAGGAGUUCAAAAUCAUAACGAUGGCUUCAUUAAUAUUCUCUUUUCUUGGUCUCUUGAUGACAUUUGUAAUGAAAAUCUUUUCAGUCAUAAGGUGGAAAAAAUUCCUGAAUCAUUUGAGUCUGUCACUCAGUAUUUCGAAUCAUUUGUUUAUCCUUUGUUGGAAGAAACACGAGAACAACUGUUUUCACCCAUGGAGACCAUUUCAAGCGCACCUUAUGCUAAGGUGGAUGUUUUUAGGCCCCAUGGACCUGAGUUACAUGAUGUUAAGAUUGAUUACUGGAGGAACAGGUUCAGUAACAAUGGUAAAGAGCCUUAUAAAACUUUGCCGGGGGAUAUUUUAAUUUUAGCAGAUGCGAAGCCUGAAACUAUUUCCGGUUUGGAGAGGGUUGGUAGAAUGUGUUCUUUUCUAUCAGUCAUGAAAAUCGCAGAGGAUGAUAAUGAUAGCACUUCUACUUACUUUAAAGUGAAGGCUUCAAAAAGCAUCCAGCAGUUUGAAUGGGAGAAAUCACUGUUUGUGAUUUUCUUGGCAAAUAUUACUACUAGCAGAAGAAUAUGGAAAUCCUUGAGAAUGUCUGGAAAUUUGAAGAUUAUCAACAAAGUUUUAUGCAGGAAUUCUGUGUUGGAGGAAAGUUGCCAAGUCUGUUCUGAACUGAAUAGGGGCAUCUUAUAUGAGAAAUUUGGUAGUGGUUUAUCAUCAACAUUGAAUGAUUCACAAUUGAAUGCAGUUCUUGCCUGUCUUGAUGGAGUGCGUUGUGAUCACAAGUCCUCUGUGCAACUUAUAUGGGGUCCCCCUGGAACAGGGAAAACUAAAGCUGUUAGUAUGCUUCUCUUUACGCUGUUGAAAACAAAAUGCAGAACCCUUACUUGUGCCCCGACGAAUGUUGCAAUUACAGAAGUUGCUUCCCGUGUUCUGAAGCUGCUGAAAGAAUCGAUUAAAACUGAUGACUAUGGAAGUGAGACUCUGAUGCUUCCUCUUGGAGAUAUUCUCUUGUUUGGGAGUAAGGAGAGACUCAAAGUUGGUCAAGAAAUAGAAGAAAUAUAUUUGGAUUAUCGCGUUAAAAAGCUUUCAGAGUGUUUUGGUACGCUGACUGGCUGGAGGCAUUGCUUCUCAUCCAUGAUGGAUUUACUUGAAGAUUGUGUUUCUCAGUAUCACAUUUUCUUGGAGAAUAAAUUGAUAAAGAAGAGAGAAAGUGUUGACAAAAAUGAAGUCAAAGAGAAUUACAGGAAUAUGGAAAUGGAAGGUGACAAUGAGGAGUUUAAGUCAUUUCUUGAAUUUGUGAGAGAUAGAUUUAAACAUACUGCCACUCCUCUUAGGAAUUGUAUAUUUAUCUUCUGCACUCACAUACCCAAACGUUUCAUUUUGGAAAGUAAUUUUCAAAAUAUGAUAGAUCUUAUCAGUUUACUUGAUUCUUUCGAAACUUUGUUGUUUGAAAAAAAUGUAGUUUCUGAUGAGCUACAAGAGCUCUUUUCACAUUCAGUAGCUGAAGAGUUUUUUUCGUCACCUGGGCAUAGAAAUUACUUGUUGCAGAAAAGGAGAGGUGAAUGCCAUACAGUUUUAAGAAAUCUUCAGGAUUCCUUUAGUAAACUUAAGUUUCCAAGUGGUGUGAACAUAGAUUCAUUAAAAUAUUUCUGCUUUACAACAGCUUCUGUAAUAUUUUGCACUGCUUCUAGUUCAUUUAAGCUGCGUUCAGUGGCCAUGGAACCACUGAACGUUCUGGUCAUUGAUGAAGCGGCACAACUAAAAGAAAGUGAGUCGACCAUACCCCUGCAACUGUUGGGCCUAAAUCAUACUAUUCUCUUUGGGGAUGAGUGCCAAUUGCCAGCAACGGUUAAAAGCAAGGUUUGUGAUGAAGCUUCAUUCGGGAGAAGCUUAUUUGAGAGAUCAAACACCCAAAUAGUGGCAUGAGAAGUUUGAUUAUGCAAUUCUAUGUGAUGGUUUUUCUUCUAUUGAAAUAGAUAAAUAUAUUUAUUUUAAACUA